GGCAGGAAACUUCCCGGAGGAAUGGGCUUCGUCCGGGCUCGCGCUGCGCGGGGCUCUGCAGGACGUCGGCCACGCUGCGAGGUGAGGCAAGGCGUCGCUCGGCGGCCGGGCUGCCCCCUGCCCGGGAUGCUCCGAGCGAGGAGAGCGGACUCGGUUCCCCGCGGACACCGCACGGGUACUCCGGCUGCCUGCAUUCCUGCCCGCCCCGGCCGGGGGUACCGCGGGCUGCGCUAGGCCGUCCCGGGCUGGGAGCCCCGAGGGGGCUGCUCGGGCUCGGGGCGGCCGGGAGGCGGCGGGACAGAGCUGCCGCCGGGUCCCGUCGCCACGGCUGGGCGCUGCCCCGCGCUGCGGGGGUUCCUCCGAAGGCGGCGGGUGGAGGAGCGGCGCUUCCGGCGCGCUGCUUGGACCCGGGGCCGGGCUCGCUCCGCGGGGUGAGCGAGGCGGCGUUCUGUCGGCAUGUGGGCGUGCGGGAGGUCGGUGUGGGGAUCCCGCUGCUGGUGCUGGCAGGUACAGGGUGCUCCGGGGGCGCUGGCGGCGAAAAGAAGUGCCUCGCUGAAAAACACCGGUUGUUCUUUCGUCUUUUCUGAAAGCGUGCUCUUUUCCUUUGGGCGUGCGGCGUGGUCUCGCGUGUGCGUGGCUUUUAAAAGUCAGCAGUACGGAGCAAGCUACGGUAGCUCGCAGUGCAGCACGUCGUAAAGUUCGCCUCGCAAAGCAGCCCGACGCUUUCAAGAGAGACGGGCUGUGCGUAAGGAUGCGGCAGGAACGGGCAUGGUUCUGAUGGCCGGGGCUGGGCACGGCUGGCACGUUCCCGGUCGCUCUCAGAGGGAUUGAGAACCAAAACUGUGUGUUCGUGCUGGACUGGACUGCAAAAGGGACAGUUCUGUGUAGGUUACAUAGUCUCUUCCUGGAUACGUGAAGUUACAAAGGGAUCUCAAAGAGUACCGCUUAAACAGUGAUCUACUGACAGCUCCCCGGUGUCUUUUUAUGGAUGUUUUUGCUGUUACCUGUUGUGAAAAUGUAUUUGCCAACAUCGCUCUAGCCAAGUUUCCAGGAUAACAUCAUAGAUUCCCUUGUAAUGAUAUUUUUAGUCUUUAAAAGCAAACUUAAUAAUUCUAACUAAUUGCUAAUCACUGCCAUUUCUAAAUAACUUCCAAUUGAAAUGUCUACUGCCAGAUGAUCGUCCCUCAGAAGCCCGGCUCCUUACGCUAUUGUUGCAUGACUCACUUACUAGGCAGUGGCCUCGCUGUAAGAAGGCAUAUCAGAUGUAUGCAGAACUUCUCUUCUUUAAGCUAAAGAAAAUGAAAUUGGACAGUGGGUGUCAUUAGGCCAUGUGUAAAAGUCUGGCUGCCCUGAGGAAGCAGGAACAUGCCAAGAUGAGCUCUACUCGUUUCUAGUUUUCUUCUUGUAUGCUACAGGGUGUAGAUAACUUUUAUGUGUUUCAUGGUAUUUGCCGUUUGAAAUCUUCCUGUGAGAAUAACAACAGAUAAAGCCUGGAGAUGCUGUGUCCGCUCUCCACCUGUUAAUUAAAUAUCCCCGAAAUCGUUUUCUGGCCCUGAAGCCUGCUGGCAUGGAUUAGCCCUUGUCGGUGCUGCUGACCUCUUUCUUCACAGAGAGGGGAGCUGUAUGUGAGCAACUUGCUGGGACUGUUUCCUGGCCCCUGCUGAAUCCAAAUCAUGCUCAAGAGUUGUGUGGGAGAGCUGUGGUGGGCUGGGGUGUGAAGCACACUGUGCUGGUCUGUAGCAGGUUGGCAGCCUGCGUCAUCAAGUGAGCUCCAUCGCCCAGGAGUAGUUCCUGGUGGUGUUUGGUGCACUGAUGCAGGCAUAGCCUAUCAGUAACACUGUGGAAGCACAGACAUGAAUUUAAGAGCUUCGAUGCAUUCAGGUGUUUAAUUCAGAUUUGGUAAAUGACAUGGAAUAAGAUACUGCCUGAACAAGCUGAAAUGCCUUGAAGACCUUUGGUUCUGCUUUCAUUCUUCCUGAAGCAAUGGUUUUCUCAGCAAUGUUGACACCAACCAAUUCUGGGACCUCAAAUGCUACUUUUAUUCUUUAUGAAAAUGCCUACAUGAAUUUUACCACUGCCCAGGUCUUACUUCGUAGUGGCACAACACAGCCACUGAGAUAUAGUUCAGGUGCUGUGCUCACCACUGAGAGAAGUACUUUUCUGGUAAACACUACAGCUGUCCUGCCAUCACAAGAAGCUUUCAGGAGCUUGAGUUUGCCACUCCAGAUCAUACUUUCUGCUGCUAUGAUAUUUAUCAUGUUGGUUUCUUUCCUUGGAAACUUCGUUGUAUGCCUCAUGGUCUACCAGAAGGCAGCUAUGCGAUCUGCAAUUAACAUUCUCUUAGCAAGCCUGGCUUUUGCAGACAUGCUGCUGGCAGUGCUGAACAUGCCUUUUGCUCUCAUAACAAUCAUUACCACUCAUUGGAUUUUUGGGGAUAUCUUCUGCAGAGUCUCUGCCAUGUUUUUUUGGCUUUUUGUCAUAGAGGGGGUAGCAAUUCUUCUUAUCAUUAGCAUUGACCGAUUUCUUAUUAUAGUUCAGAGGCAGGAUAAACUGACACCUUACCGGGCAAAGAUUCUCAUUGUGGUUUCCUGGGCAGCAUCCUUUGUUGUUGCUUUUCCAUUAUCAGUAGGGAAUCCUAAUCUGCAGAUACCCUCGAGAGCACCUCAGUGUGUUUUUGGCUACUCUACUAGCCCAGGCUACCAAGUGUAUGUGAUAAUUAUAUUGCUAAUUUCUUUUUUUAUUCCCUUCCUGGUAAUGCUGUAUUCUUUUAUGGGCAUACUCAACACCGUCCGCCACAAUGCAGUUCGUAUCCAUAGCCACCCUGACAGCAUAUGCCUCAGCCAGGCCAGCAAACUUGGUCUCAUGAGCUUACAGAGACCUUUUCAGAUGAACAUUGAUAUGAGCUUUAAAACUCGUGCCUUCACAACCAUCUUGAUUUUGUUCCUUGUCUUCAUAGUGUGUUGGGCACCCUUCACCACUUACAGCCUUAUUGCCACAUUCAACAGCCACUUCUACUACAAGCACAACUUUUUUGAGAUAAGCACUUGGCUCCUCUGGCUCUGCUACCUCAAGUCUGCACUGAACCCACUGAUUUACUACUGGAGGAUUAAGAAGUUUCAUGAUGCAUGCUUAGACUUGAUGCCUAAAUACUUCAAGUUUUUGCCGCAGCUACCUGGCCAUACAAGGCGGCGCAUCCGACCCAGUGCCAUCUAUGUGUGUGGAGAACAUCGGUCAGUAGUGUAAAGCUGCAGUUGUAUGACAAUGAUUGUUACUGUUUGGGAUUAUUUGGUUUUGACCUUUUUGUUUUCUUCUAUAUGGCUUCUUCGGCGUGGCCAUAUCUUAUAACUUGAUAAAAUUUUCCUGUACUCUGUGCAAUUUCGGGAGGAAAGACGGAAGGAAGGUAAUUGGUUAUGGUUGGGUUUACUCCCAGAAUACAAUGUAAAGUAAAUGACAAAUGUUACCUCUGGGAUUCCAUGGAAAUCCAUUCUUUUAAACAAAAAUUGCAUUUGUAACGUUUUGUCAGGCUUAUGCUUACUAGGCCUGCAGUUGCAUCUAAUUGUAGGGAAUUUUUAUGCUGCUAAGAUACAGUACAUUAAGUUGGUGUAAUUUUUCUGAAACAAUGUUGCUGCUGUCUGCCGAUAUAUUGGAGCCAAAAAGUCUCAUUAGAUAACUUCUAUUUAAUUUUAACAAUAUUUCAGAAGUUUUGAUUGUGAUGUUAUAAAACAGGUUUUUUUUUUUUUUAAAUGUUUCCAUUAAUAUUUUUGUGCACUUUAAAAAAAAUGCUUUAGGUUUUUUUUUUCAUUGGAAUAUUUUGUUCUGUUUUGAAGGGGCGUUAUUGUUAUUAUUUGUUAUAAUGGUGAAUUUCAGUGAAAAUCCCUUGUAAGCUCUAGGAGGGCGAUUUAUGUUGUAGCUACAAUUACAGUCAUAGAUCUGCUUUUCUUGUCCUAACAAUUGUUCAAAAGUAACAACUGCACAGUUCUUGGGGGAGCUGGGAGGAGAAAACAGGAGAGAAAGGGAGAGAAAGGAGUGGAAAUAUAUCCUGAGGUUGAGGCUAAGAUGAGAUUUUGGAGAAAAGGAGUUCAUUUCAAAAUUGUCUGGGGGGAAAGGGAUGCCUGUAGUUACUUCAGGUUGUUAGAAGCUAUCCAAACCUAAUGAUAACAGCUGGAAAGCUAUCAGGAAUUGACUUUGUGCUUACAGUUCACACUGUGUUGGUAUAACAUGAAACUCAUAUAGGGCUAGUUGUGCUCCAUGUGGCUGAAGGCGUGCUGUCAGGUUAUGCAGAUAGAGUUAGGGAUAGCAGGAACAAUACCUGAGGCUAGGACUUAGCUUGUAUAGAAGGGAAGAAAAUCCUCAGCGCUUGUUUUCCGGUUUAAGUAUUGGACUGAAACCAAAUAAUAAUGACAACUGUUGGCCAGCAAAUUUUGUUAGGGCUAGAAUUAAAUUCCCAUUUUCCCAUUGAGGAUACUUCACGUUGAUUUUUUCUUUUCCCUCUUCCCUCUGUACUGCUUGCUGCCUCAAGAGUUUACUGUAUUGUUCUCAUGCAGUAGACAUCGGGUACUCUCCCUGAAAUGCCAAACCAUGAUUCUGAUUAGUGUCACGCUGCCUUGGUACCUUCCUGGAAAGUUGGAAAACAAAUGUUUUCCUUGAAAAUAGCCAUCUAGGCUCACACUUUUUUAUUUAAUCAGCUAAAUAAAUAUUUAAUGAGAGGCAAGUAAAAUCAAGACUUAGAUUUGGGCUUUGAAGAGAGAUUUGCCAGUUGCUCUGAGCCGAGGAGUGGAUGCUUGAAGAACUUUUGUGUUCUUGCACCUGAGGAGCAAAUAGCAGUUUUAUCUUUUGUUGCGUAAGUGUUGAACUAAUUGUAUGAACGAAAUGCCCUGUAUGGUGUGGAUAUCCAGGGACUGCUUGCUUCCAGAGGCCAGCUAAACAUUUAUAGCACAGGUUUUGUUUUUCUUCAGUCAAGAACUAAUUUAACAGUGAUCUCCAUUCCCCUCAUUGACAACUAUUGGCAAAAUUCAAAACUAUUGGCAGUUUUUACAUUUUAGGAGAAUAAAAGGAAUCAUUCUGAAUUUUAUAUAUAUAUAUAUAUAUUUUAUGAAAAAUAAUCCUGUUAACGCACUGCAAGUGGAGGUUGUGGAUUGUAAAGGAAUCCAGGCAGUGGUGAUGUUAUUGAUGUCUGCUUUGUAUUUUUUGCCAACUAAAUAAUGAUAUGGAUUUUUCUGAUCAAAAUGAUAGUAAAGGAUUUCCACUGCAAAACUUAAGAGAAUGUUCUAUUAUGUCUGCAUUAUAGCUUUUAUUUCUCAAUUACAUUUACAUUGAUAGCAAAAGUUUAUGACCUGGGUUGUAUUGAUUUUCUGUUUCAGAGCUGCCAUCCCUGUUAUUUCUGUAAGCAGCAAAAUUGUGCUUAGAGCUAGUGCAAUACAGUGAGAGUAUACACUGUCUAAGAUGACAGGGACAAGUAUUUUUUGCUGUCUUCCAGAGCUUAUAAUGUGAGGCUUGAAUGAAUGUUGUAAAAUAUAGUAGUUCAAGAACGAAACUGGAUUGCGUAAUACAGGAAAGUUAGUGAAAGGACUUUCUUGAAGGAAAAGAGGAAAGCAUUGUAAUCUCUGCUAAGUACUUGCUGUGAAUUAGAAAUUUCAAACAUCAAAGGAUGUUAAUUUGUUUGAAUGACAUACUGUUUAUUCCUACUGUACCAGGGAUUCUGCUCAGACCUGGGUCUGCUGAUACUUGAAGAAAUUAAACCCUUACAGUGUAGCCCAAAUUCAAAUAUGACUGAAGUGGUGAUUCAGUAUCCACACUUAAUAGACUUCAGAGAUGAUCAGAGCAUCCAGUAAACAGAAGGGUGUUCAAGAAAAGAAACAGCAUGGUAGAGAAAUAUCCCCAGGGUAAUUAUGUUUACAGAAUCAUUUGGCCUCUUGUGUCUAAUGGUCUUUAGAGCAGUGCCUUGAUAAUUACAGCUAAAGUCCUAGGACUGAGUUAAACACCACUUAAACUGCUCAGUCUUAUUGUCUGUGAUCUCGCCAAGAUAAGUCCGAUUUUGCUGAUGUCUGGAAUGUUGAAACGCAUACAUGCUUGCAUGAUCAGGUCUGUUGAGGCAUUUUGGUGGACUUGAUCAAGAAGGGAUUUUAAAAACUGAAAUUGAAACUUCUUGAUUCUACCGGGAAAUUACAGCCUUCUUCUCCAAAAGCGAUACUUGUUACUGAACUCUAUUCUUAAGCUACAUUUUCAGAAAUAUUUGGUAUGGAGGAUUGAAAUGAAUGUAUUUUCCGUUGUGUUUCAGUUUAAUUAAUUCUGCCAAAGCAUGAUGCUUACAUGAGACUCAUUUGUUGAAAUCUGUUGCUAAAAUGAUUCUUUUGUACUCAGUUGUAUAUUUUUGACAUUUGUUACUCAUGUAAGAAUAUGUAUAUAGAGAAAAUUGUUUCGCUUCUUACUGCUUUCUGUUAUUUACUUAAUUUGUAUGCCAAAUGCUUUUAUCUUUUAAAUUUGGGCAUAUGCAUAGACAUCUGCAAGAUUUCAGUGGUCUUUCUGUAACCAAUUGAGACUUUUAAUUCUCAAACCAUUCCCAGCACCCUCCUUGAAAGAGAUUUUGAAUUAUUUUUAAGUGAAAAAUAAACAUUAAGAGCACAAGUUUGUUGCGGUUGGAAUGGUGAAGAAUUUCUUAGGUCCAGUUUUCUAGGAGCCACUACUUUGCCAUUAUGAACUGGUUUGAUCUUUUUUUGAGUGGUCAUUUUCUGAUACGAAGAAACCUUGAAUUACUGUUUGUAAAGAGCCUGUUAAAUGGAAUGGUGUUGUCUUUUCUGUACAUACUACAACCAUGGACAUAUUUGAGGUGAAAAAAAAGGGAAAAAAACAAAUAUGAACAUUCUCAAAAAAAAUGUGGCAAACGUCCAUACAAUUGCUAUGAGUCUGUGCAUUCACAGACUAAGCAAAAGUUGCCUUCAGUUUAAUGCCCAGCUUCUUAGUUUCAAACACCUUAUUUUGUUUGUAAAUUAAAUCACAGUAUAAGCUUGCUUUUCUGAAUUUCAGUUUAAAACAAUUUUUUUUUGUGUGUGUGUAUAUGUAUUAAAAAAAAAAAGUUACAGAAUGUUCUUUUAUAAGAGAGUGGAGAUGUCAAUAUAUCCAAAAUAAUUGAAGUACUGUAUAGCAAAAGAGAAGCUGAAGAUGUAAGAAGAAAAUAACCUUCCAAAAGAUACUGCCUGAACUGGGAUGUGCUACCAUAUAGCUUGGAUGAAGUAAUAAAAAUUAUCUUAUUUUGCAAUAAAUGAAACAAACAGUG